UUUGAUCUUUCUUUUGCUGCAUAUCUCCAGUCUCAGCAUGACAAGCUACACAGAUAAAGGCCAGAAGCAUGAGAGAGGGAGGUUCGUCAGGUUUCAUCAUGUUACCUUCUGGGUCGGUAAUGCCAAACAGGCAGCCAUGUUUUACUGUGACAAAAUGGGCUUUGAACCUUUUGCCUAUAAGGGUUUGGAGACCGGCAGCAGGGAGGUGGUUUCUCACGUCAUCAGACAGGAUAAGAUAACAUUUGUGUUUCAAUCUCCCCUCAAUCCUGGAAAUGAAGAAAUGGGAGCGCACAUGAUGAAACAUGGAGACGGAGUCAAAGACAUCGCUUUCCAAGUGGAGGACUGUGACUUCUUAAUCAAGACAGCAAAGGAGCGAGGAGCCGUGAUCGUCAGGGAGCCCUGGGUGGAGCAGGACAACCACGGGAAGGUCAAGUACGCUGUGGUUCAGACGUACGGAGACACGACGCACACCCUGAUUGAGUACCUUGGCCCCUACAGAGGCCUCUUCCUGCCUACCUACAAGGAGCCGCUGUUCCGGGAUCCACUGUUAGAAAAACUGCCACCAGCAGGUUUGAACUUCAUUGAUCACAUUGUGGGAAACCAGCCAGAUGACCAAAUGGUGCCAGUUUCAGACUGGUAUCAGAAGUGUUUGUUGUUCCAUCGGUUCUGGUCCAUAGAUGACAAGCAGAUCCACACACAGUACAGUGCACUGAGGUCCAUAGUGGUAACAAACUACGAAGAGACCAUCAAGAUGCCCAUCAAUGAACCUGCGAUGGGUAAAAAGAAAUCUCAAAUCCAGGAAUAUGUGGACUAUAACGGAGGACCAGGGGUGCAGCACAUCGCCCUCAACACGUCAAACAUCAUUCAAGCUAUUGUGAAUCUGCGUGCCCGAGGGAUGGAGUUCCUCGCAGCACCUGAUACGUACUACGACACCCUUCAGCAGAAACUCAGAACUGCAAAGAUCAAAGUGAAGGAGGACCUUACCCGCUUAAAGGAACUGAAAAUCUUAGUGGAUUUUGACGACAAGGGUUACCUUCUUCAAAUCUUCACCAAACCUGUGCAGGACAGACCAACUCUUUUCUUGGAGGUCAUUCAGCGGAACAACCACUUUGGCUUUGGGGCAGGAAACUUCAAGUCUCUGUUUGAAGCCAUUGAGAAGGACCAAGAUGCUCGAGGCAACCUCACCGUGUUGAAACCUGAAGGCCAGGCCACACUCUUCUACUGAUCCUCCACCUGCUCCCAGACCACACACAGACUGUUACAGCUUUAGGUUUCAAAAACACAUACAGAGCAUCCAACACGUGGCGAGCACCAGGCUGUUCCAUGCCAUUGGUACAUCGCACUGUGUGCAU